AGGGAGUGUCCAGCAAGGUAUUUAAAGUGAGAAGGGUCUAACGCAGAGACAGCGUUUGUGUUCGUGAACCAGUUUCGGUUGACUGUAUGUUGCCUCAGGUUACAGUAAAUCGAAAGUGUUACACCAGCUUCUGCCUGCCGUCGCGUCUUUUUAAUAGGUGAGUUACCGGAAAUCGCAGUAGAGUCGUUAGAAAUUAAGAGUGGUUGGAAGGUCUGGAGCUUUACUGGCUGUCUCGUCUGCGCCUCCGCACAGGAAGGGCUGUGUGCUCGUGAAUCUUCGCGAUAAUAAGGCCAAGUCUAGGACCUGACUCAAAAGGGCAGCCAUUUCUACAUCUAUACAAGGAACCUCUGCCUCUGUGAUGGAUCUCCAAAGCGUUCUCAAAACCAUACUGAAGAACAAAUAUCAGAAACUGAAUGAAGCAUAUUCUGAAAACUCACUCCCUUCAAGACUUUGCUAUCGGGAGCUCAAGCACGACUACGCAUUAUCUAACUUGCACCAGCAUGAAUUUAGAUACGUUGACAAUUCUGACUUACACACUUGGGUUGUUUUUACAACUGUCCCGCUCACAGAUAUUUUAUCAUGUGAUUGCAAACAUAACAGCAGCAAACGAACAGUCAUCACGUUAGGAGUGAGUGGAGUUGGAAAAACCACAACAGUGCAGAGCUGUGCUCUAGAGUGGGCUAAGGGAAAAGGGUACCAUGAUAUCCACCUACUGUUUCCUCUCACAUUCUGGGAGUUAAAUUUGGUAAAACGCAAACUGAACAUGAUUGAACUUCUACAGACAUUUUACCCAGAAUUGAAGGAGCUUGACGCUUCGAGUCUAAAUGAAAACAAAGUGUGGUUUGUCCUUGAUGGACUGGAUGAGUAUAAUUUCCCGCUAAAUUUCAGCCUUCCAACACUGAGUGAUGUUUCUGACAUAUCCACAGUAGAUGUUCUUGUGACCAGCUUGAUCAGUGGGACUUUAUUUCCCAAAGCUCAUGUCUGGAUCACAACUCGGUAUGCAGCAGCAACACAAAUCCCUGAUUGCUAUUUGCUUAAAGAGACUGAGGUACAAGGGUUCAGUGAUGAACAGAAGGAGCAGCACUUCAGGACAAUUAUUGGUAAUGAUGAUCUGGCCGACAAAGCCAUCAACCAUGUCAAAAUAUCAAGGAGUCUGGACUUCCUUUGUCAGAUACCUCCAAUCUGUACCAUCAUGGCAAAUGUUUUGAAGAGUCAUAUAAAAGCAGAUCAGGGAUUUAAAAUCAAUCCUUUGAAUCUUACCCAGAUUUACACAAAUCUGGUCAAGGCAUCAAACUCAGAAAUUAUUGCCAAGCUGAAAACCCUGGCAAUGCGCCGGAUGUCAGAAGGUAAUGUAAUGUAUGAGAAUGACCUUUUGCAGAGCAACCUAAGUGCUGAGGAAGCGUCAACUUUCUCCAAAGAAUGUCCACUUGUGUUGAGAGAAGACAAGGGGCUGCAUAACACCACAGUGUUUCGCUUUGGUCACUCAAGCAUUCAGGAGUACUUGGCUGCAUCUGCCAAACUGGACGACAUUGAAGCGACUCCUCUCCUGUCUGUUUGCUGUCAGUAUCUGGUGGAUGAGUUGCUGCAGAGUGCUGAUGGAAAAACUGAUGUCUUCCUACGUUUCAUCUUUGGCCUCAUUAAGGAGCGUCAUAUGUUGGAGCCCAAUGAUCAGCUGUUUCACUAUACAAAGAAGAAGAUCCUAGAGAGCAUUUUGUCUUACAGCGCUGUGAGUCUGUUCCACUGUCUGAGGGAGUAUGACAGUCAGGCUUUACUGAAUGACGUCAAAUUCUUUCUGAGGUUUGGGUUCUCUCCAAUCCGUGAAUUCACACCAAUGCAUUGGAAAUUCAUGAUCCAAAGGACCAUGGCUUUUGAAGGGAUGAGGGAGAAUUUUGAGAUGCAAGUGCCUACAAGAUGUGAUGAAAAACUCCUCAGGCUGCUAGCAGAUAUUUUGAAAUCAAAGAAAGCCAUGCUGCGAUUCUCUAACCUGACAGACAAGUGUUGUCCAGCCUUGGCAGCAGUCCUGAGCACAAGAGAGUCAUACCUGAGGGAGCUGGACCUGGGAUACAACAGCAUCAGUGACAGUGGAGUCGGGACACUGGCGGACGGGCUGAGUGAUCAAAACUGCCGACUGAAAACACUCAGGUUGCAAGGCUGUGGAGUGACCUCACAAGCCUGUAUAUACCUGGCCACAGCCCUGACACGGUCCCUGAAACUGCGGGAGCUGGAUCUCAGCAGUAAUGAAAUAGGAGAUGAAGGACUGCAACAUCUUUCAGAUGGUCUGAGAUCUCCUGAAUGCCAGUUAGAAACACUUAAACUAUCACAGUGCAACAUUGAGCAGAAGGGCUGCUUUCAUCUGGCCUCAGCUCUUCAGAAGAACCCCAGCUACUUGAGAGUGUUGGAUCUGAGCAUCAAUAAUAUUGGAGACAAUGGGGCCAAUGAGCUCUUUAAAAAGUUUGAUAUAUCACAGCUGAGAAAGCUGGAGAUGUACUUCUGCGGCCUCACUGUGUUAAGCUGUAGAAGUAUUGGGGAAACUCUGAAGAAUGAAACCAGCAACCUGGUGGAACUCAAUUUGAGCAACAACAGCUUGAAAGAUGCAGGGUUUGCGCUCAUCUGCAAAGGCAUGUGCACAUGGUGUAGCCUGGAAAAACUCAACGUUUCAAGAUGUGGGAUCACUGGUAAGGGUUGCGUUUAUUUGGCGAAUGUCCUGUGGUCAGUCUCGCAGCUCUACUUUGAGUGGUUUCAAAAAACAGACUGGCAGGCAGUCAAGCUGAAAGACCUUGAUCUCAGCAUGAACUGCCUCAGAGACAUUGGAGUCAAAGAAAUUUCGGCUGGACUGAAGAAUCCCUACAGCCACCUGAAAACUCUCAAUCUGAGCCACUGCAGCCUGACUGAUGACUGCUGUGCAGAGCUUGCUUCAGGAUGUGCGUCAAAGGAGAGCAUUAUCAGUGAGCUGGAUCUGUCUUGCAAUGAAAUUCAAGAUAAGGGAGUUAGGAAACUCUGCACGGGACUCAGAAGCCCUCAAUGUAAACUUGAGAAGCUAUCACUGCGGACCUGUGGACUGAGUUCAAGGAGCAUUCAGUUCCUGACCACUGCCCUGAAGUCAAACCCCCUACAUCUGGCAGAGCUGCAUCUGAUGGGCAACAGUCUGGAAGACUCAGGAAUCAAAGUGCUUAUGGAACUGACAAAGAACCAGAAAUACUCAUUACAUACAAUAGAUGUCUCAGUAGAUUGAGGAGAAAAACGGAAAGCCGACCUAAGGAAGUGCUCAAUCUGGCUCACAUUUCUUAGACCACAUACCAUGGUGGGGACGUCCUUGGAUUUCAGUGCAUAUUGUAGCAACAAUAUCAAGUGUUUUUCAUUCCACUUUUCCUUCAUUCUUUUGGCUUUAUCUACUCUCCUAAAAGAUUAUUUGCAGAAAAUAUGUGGAUAAACUCAAUGUAUCUCUUAAAACAAUUUAAAAUGUUUUUCUUUUCUUUUUUGUUACUACUUAAUGUAAUGUAUUAAUGGGUUUUUUUUAAAAUAUAUAUUUCUUUAUGAAUUCAUGAAUAGUUGAAGUAGUGUUUUUUGUCUAGUCAUACUAAAAUGUGUUCCUAUCCCUACAGUAUUUUUGUUAUAUACCACAGGCUAUUGUUGGAUGUAAUGCAGAACUUGGAAUAUUAUGUAAUGUAAGCCACCACCAAAUAAACUGGUUUCCUUUUUGUUCAA